AUGAGGUCCAUAGCUGAUAAUCUUGCAUUGGCUCAAAGUCCGGUUUCUAAUGAAGACCUAGUUCUUUAUAUACUAACUCAACUAGGGGAGGAACACAAUUCCAUUAUCUCUGAUGUUCGCAUCCGUGAAAAUCCCGUCUCUUUGGGGGAGUUAAGUGAUGUUCUAACUGACCAUGAACGACAGUUAAAAGAAGCUGAUAGUGCACGCCAAUCCCUACUUGCCACUGCUAACGUUGCACAACAGACAUUCUCUUCCUCACAAAACAAUCAAUCAUCCAAUUCUACUCAGAGGUUUCGUAAUAACAACAGCUUCAACCGGCAAAGUUGGCAACAAAGAGGGAAUAAUCGGUCUAGUGUUAUAUGCAAAAUUUGUAACUUUCUAGGCCAUGAAACAGAAGUAUGCCGUAAGUUAGCCAAAUUUUUAAAGGAGCAUAAUAUUCUACCCAUGCAGGCAUCUACGUCUCUUCAAUCUCCUACAACCAAUUCCACAGUUGGUUCAUCCCAAUCAUGGCUAUUUGACAGCAAUGCUUCCCACCAUGCUACUCUGAGUAUCACUCAUCUUCAAACCAUCUCUGAAUACAAUAGUCCAGAUCGCUUGGGUGAUGGAUCUAUGAACGGGGACAUUGCUAAUGUAGGGGAGAAUGUUAAUGUUGUUUACUAUGAUCCUCUUUCUUGUUAG